AGACUUCGAUGGCGACGAAGUGAUUUAAAACAUCCAAACAAACCGUUGAUUUUUCCCCACCAAAACGACCACUGACAGCCCGCAGUUCCCUAAAUAGGGACGUUAUGAAAAAUACGAGUAUUACCCAGAAACAUAUGUUCACACAGGGGGUAAAAACUCAUGGAACUGCGCAAAGCGACACAGGGGAGAAUAACGAGCUACCGGCGGGGCUGCAAGAGAGCCAAGCCGCCCAACGCGAACCUGAGGCGGGAUGUCAAUAAAGUUCUGCGCCCGCUGCCCGUGGAGAACAACGAUGACGAAGAUGAGCCCAUGGAGGAAGAACAAUGUUUCUCCACGGGCUUCCUCAAGAACGCCAACCUCGAACCUGCGACGCACUUCAAGGCGCCCCGGUACAGUUUGAUACGGGAGGUGGGUCGCGGGAGCUACGGCGUGGUGUACGAGGCCAUCGCCCGGAGGUCAGGCGCACGGGUGGCCGUGAAGAAGCUCCGCUGCGACGCGCCCGAGAAAGUGGAACUGGCGCUGGCGGAGUUCUGGGCCCUGGCGAGCCUCGAGAAGAAACACGAAAAUGUGGUGCAACUCGAAGAGUGUGUGCUGCAAAGAAACGGAAUGGCGCAGAAAAUGAGCCACGGGAACAAGCGAUCCAGACAGUAUUUGAGAUUAGUGGAAACUUCAUUGAAAGGUGAGCGUAUCUUGGGUUACCCAGAGGAACCGUGUUAUCUUUGGUUUGUAAUGGAGUUCUGUGAUGGUGGAGACCUCAACCAGUACAUUCUCUCCCGGCGACCUGACCCGCGGACCAACCGGAGUUUCAUGAAGCAGUUGACCAGCGCUGUAGCCUUCCUUCACAAGAACAACAUUGUCCACCGGGACCUAAAACCAGACAACAUUCUCAUCUCACAGAAUUCAGGAAGCCCAGUAAUCAAGGUCGCAGACUUUGGCCUCAGCAAGGUAUGUGCAGGACUCAGCUGCAUAGAGAACGAAGGCGACGAUCAGGUAAACAGAAAUACUGUGAACGUAAACAAAUUCUGGCUUUCGUCAGCAUGCGGCUCAGACUUCUACAUGGCUCCAGAGGUUUGGGAGGGCCACUACACUGCCAAGGCGGACAUUUUUGCACUUGGGAUCAUAAUCUGGGCCAUGAUCGAGAGGAUCACGUUUAUUGACGCUGAGUCCAAGCGCGAGCUCCUUGGCACAUACAUUCGACAGGGGAGCGAGAUUGUCCCAGUUGGCGAAGCCUUGUUGGAGAAUCCGAAGAUGGUUCUGCACAUCCCGCAGAAGACUCGUAGCAUCAUGUCAGAGGGCGUUAAGCGACUCCUCCAGGACAUGCUAGCAGUAAACCCGCAGGACCGACCUGACGCAUUUCAGUUGGAAGUUAGAAUGGACCAAGUCACAUGUGCGGCGUAAGCUGACCCGAUAGGCCAAAACAAGCAUGCAACUUUUUUCAGGUUUGCAGAGUGGUGAAAUACGGAAUUACACGCAAAUGGAAAAUAAAAAGGGACAGCCGAUCUUGAAACUGUGAAUUUUUAUUUCAUGAUUGCUUCUAAAUAGCAGAUGUGACCUGGACUCAUUAUCUGUAUUACUCACUCAUCACAUUGAAAAGCUAUGCAGGCAUAUUUAUAAACAGGCUAUUUUUCUACUUUUGGAUCCGAUUCAUUUUGUUACAGAAUCCGCCAAAGGAACCCCAAACACACAAUGGGCAUAAAACACAAUGUAAAACCUCUUUUCAUCCUCAAGUCUUACCAACAAUGACUUUAGGUCCCUCUUGUUCUCUGGUGUGACCGCGUGCUGUUGUUUCAGAGCAGAUUUAGAAAGACAUGUUGCACUAUGUACUCAAACAAACAUAUCCUGUCUGCACCUCUGUGAAAACUACAUAUUUGCCGUUUUCUUUCUAAAGGGUUUACUAGACACUAUACAUACUGUUGUAGGAGUGAAAUAAUUUUUUCGGAAUGUUCUAGAAUGUCCUACAAUGUCCCUUAGAAGAAGAUUACUAUAAAGUUUGCAACAAUGAAGGCAUACUGUGACCUAUAUAAUGUGAAUAUUUGGGUACAUAGUGACCCUGUCUCUCGUAUUCGUAGGUGUGAAUGUUUCUGACUCGAGCAACAGCACUCUCUUUCAAAAACAACCUUUGUGCCUUAUUUUGUUUUCUAAAAGCAAGUGGAUUAGAUGGUUUUCAUUAUUUUAUUUUCAUGAAUGAUUUUAUAAUUAUGUUGUUUUAUCUGUAAUGUCACCGUAUUUUAUUUCCAUGGUUUUGUGUUUUUAAUGUUUUAAAAGACCCGUCAGAAUUCUUUAAACAAAGCAUUUUCCAAGUUGUAUGUGAGCGUUCUAAAAGUUAUUAGUUUGAAAAAAGAUCAAGUAACCUAGCUGCAGUUCAGGUGAAUAGAGUUGUUUCAUUCUAUUCAGAAGUUCAAUUUUCAGACACACAAGAUUUUUUCUCCCAGUUUUGAAUGCCCAAUUCCCAAUGUGCUUUUAAGUCCUCGUGGUCGCAUAGUGAUUCGCCUCAGUCCGGGUGGUGGAGGAUGAAUCCCAGUUGCCCCCGCGUCUGAGACCGUCAACCCGCGCAUCUUAUCACGUGGCUUGUUGAGCGCGUUGCCGUGGAGACAUAGCACGUGAGGAGGCUUCUCGCCAUCCACCGCGGCAACCAUGCUCAACUCACCACGCACCCCACUGAGAACGAACCACAUUAUAGGGACCACAAGGAGGUUACCCCAUGUGACUCUACCCUCCCUAGCAACCGGGCCAGUUUGGUUGCUUAGGAGACCUGGCUGGA